AUGGUUGUAGUCUCUGUCAGCAAUGUCGCUGCACAUAAGACCAUGCCCCAAAAUGUUGUUGUGGACCAACAACAACAACAACAACAGCAACUACAACAGCAACAACAGCAACUACAACAGCAACAACAGCAACUACAACAGCAACUACAACAGCAACAGCAACAGCAACAGCAACAGCAACAGCAACAGCAACAGCAACAGCAACAGCAACAGCAACAGCAACAGCAACAACAAUUACUCUCGCCAACACGACAACAACAAUUACUCUCGCCAACACGACAACAACAGCUCUCGCAGCGAUUCGAACAUGGAGGCAAUGACCGCUACGGGUCAAGGCAGCCCCAUCGCGGCCCACCCGGGUCACCCAACUCGUCCUACUACCCAACAGACUCUUUGAAGGCGUACCAGUCUGCAAAGAGCAGCGACCCUUUUGCGGUCGGGAUUGAGUCCUCCGCCAACUUUUUCCACGAGACCUAUGACAAACUCGAGCGGACUGAAGGCCUUGCCGACCGGUAUUCAGGCACGAAGCAUACAGCGAUAGUCACUAAGACCUACUGUGAGAUGGCCACCCAGACCACUGAAGACGAUGUCCUGAACCAGGAAUCAUUCUACAACGGCAUACGAAUCAUUACAGCCGAAAAACGCCCACCGCCACAUCAGUAUCAGCAACGCCAUCACCAACACCAAUCUGCAGCGAGGAAUGGCCCGAGUGCCUCAGCGCCAGAGCUCAGACCAUCGGUACCGCCACCUACAGAGGUCGCGACGUCAUUAUUAAAAGCUGUUCGAUCUCCAUGGUCCUCAGCUACAUCGGCUCCAUCGCACGUAGCAUCUACUGGAAGGCCACCAGCUUUGAGACAUCAAUCUGAUUACCAUCAAGACGACCGUCAUCAGACAACUGGAACUGGAACUGGAACUGGUUCUAGAUGGGAUAAUGCGGAUCACUCGAGGUCAACAAGGCCCAUCGAGCCAACGUUGGCCUCAGCGGACAAUGUCUCAACAACCCAGUGGUUUGACUCGACUCCGUCCACGACGGGACCCAGGGCACUGAGCUCCAAUAACGAACCGAAACGCCAGUCAGAGCAAAAGGCGCCCGCUACAGUCGAUCCAUGGGAGACGGGCGUAACCCCUGCUUCACCUGCAACCAACGGUGGGUUUGGAGCAAAACGUCAACCAGAACAGAAGGACCCACCCGCAGCUGAUCCAUGGGGAACGCGCACUACUCCAACGGCAACAGGAGCUGGCGGAGAAGGAGGAUUUGGUGGCGCUGGAUGGAAUGAUACGACGCAAGUCAAGGGAGCGGGUGCGUUAGUCGAUUGGAGCUCUGGACUCGUGACUGAGUUCCCUGCAGACGUCAAGCCGACAAAGAUGACAGUGGUCCAAAAAUGGGACCCAGACCAGGAGCGCGAUCUAUUUGCACAGCGCAAAUCUGGACCAGUCAAGGGAGACUGGGGUAAACCGCCGUCAUCACAACAGGGGUCAUCAGCACAGCAGGCUCCAUCACGGCAUGAUGAAAACACGAACGAGGACCGUUAUGCAGCAAAGCCGGACGACCUUUGGAUGGGUGGCGGAAGUAAUAUGGGUAAUAUGGGUAAUAUCGGAUUCGCGAACCGCGCGGGAGCAAGUUCUACUGGUGGCGAUAGCUCUUCCCAUGCAGCCUUCGAGGAACGCAGACCCAGCGAUACCCACUCCACUUGGUCUCGAGACCAGGACAACCGCGGCCGCAACCAGACCAGGAACCCGUCUGCUCAAGAUAACAAUGAGCCAAGAUCACCGUCCAGCCUUGGUGCAUCAUCGCAGGAAAGGCGACCGAUGACUUCAGAGGAACGCUUCAAUAACAGUCUGAAUCGACAGGCCGGCUACCAAAAUGACUACAAUAGCCAGGGCUCAGGCUCAGGCACGGGAUAUGGAUCGCGAUCGUACGGCAAUGAUGGAAGCGAUAAUGGAGGCAAUCAGUCUUAUAAUGUCCGAGAUCGCAGUAGAGGUUCCAGCGGUGGCCAGUACGGAGCUUCAGACAACGAUUCUAACCGAGGCAGUCAACCAUCCCGGGGCGGUACGGCACCUCAACGCCCGUCGGAACCACCUCUGCAGAAUCAGCGAAACGGACCGACCUCGGUCAACCUGGCUGGAAGGCGCACAUACGGCAGCAACAACCCUGAUCAUGAUGUUGCGAUGGCUGCAUGGGCGACCGCCUCACAGAGUGCAUUGAGACACGGUGGGGUCCAUGAGCGCUCGGCUUCAAGGGCAUCCACAACUACGCCGACGUCUCCACAACUACCCGCCGGCAACAGACCAGUUCUUGCAGGUUCUGGAGGUGGCGGAUUGGCGACGACGAGCGACUUCAAGAGCUUUCUGCAGGCUGCCAAGGCGUUCACGCCCUCGGUAAAAAGUAAAGCCUCUAAGGGAGAUCGCACCGGUCGUAGCGGAAGCGAUGUGCCUGAGACUGAGAGGGAGGGUGAGCAGGAAGGACCUGAGAAGAAGGAGGAUAGUACGACGAUGCCCGAUGUUGGAACAGAUUGGUCUGUACAAGUUGAGGAAGAGGAAUUAGAGCGAAAUCAUGCCAAGACAAAGAGUCCUCAGCAAUCGCCACCGGUUUCUGGAGGAAAUAGCAGUAACGGUAGCAGUAAGGGAGGCAUGGAGGACAAUUUGCUUUUGUUCCAAGACCAUCAAGCCGAUGUUGAUCAAGGCGAUGCUGGUCAAGGCGAUGCUGGUCAAGGCGAUGCUGAUCAAGGCGAUGCUGGUCAAGGCGAUGCUGGUCAAGGCGAUGCUGGCCAAGGCGAUGCUGGCCAAGGCGGUGCUGGUCAAGGUGAUGCUGAUCAAGGGGAUUCUGGUCAAGGAGAUGCACCUGUGGAGACGACGGACGGACAAUCUGGUGAUGACGAGGCUAGUCAUGCAAGGAAUAAGGACCAGCCUGAAUCAUCCAUGCCAAGUCCAGAGGAACAACAGCAGCAGCACCCUGGGUCACGAAGCUCUCCAUCCAACGAAACCACAAUUUUGAAAAGCGAAGAGAUGGAUCAAUGA